CCUCCUCCUCCUCCUCUUCCAUUGUAUAAUGCUUCGUGAUCGCCGCAGCCAGAGGAGAGAGGAGGCUUAAAUCCUCCUCCCGGAGCUGCAUUUACCUCCCCACCCCAUUCCACCUCCUCCAUCCCACCGACAGCCCCCUCCCCCGGGCGAGAAGAGCGACAUAUGGAGCGGGUGGAAGAUUAGGGAGUGUGCAGAAGCAGUGGCGGCGGCGGCGGCGGGAGCAGGAGCAGCCCCUGAUGCUUUAGUUCUCAGGAGGAACUGCAUGUGAUAUAUGUUGGGGAAAGGAGGAAAGCGGAAGUUUGAUGAGCAUGAAGAUGGGCUGGAAGGCAAAGUGGUCUCUCCUACCGAUGGUCCAUCUAAGGUCUCUUACACCUUACAGCGCCAGACUAUCUUCAACAUUUCCCUUAUGAAACUUUAUAACCACAGGCCAUUAACAGAGCCAAGCCUGCAAAAGACAGUUCUAAUUAACAACAUGCUGAGGCGAAUUCAGGAGGAACUCAAACAGGAAGGCAGCUUGAGGCCUGUGUUCAUCACCACUUCACAGCCUACAGACCCUCUGGGAGACAGCUUCCGAGAGGUUCAGCCUACCUUUAGCCAUCUGGCCUCUCCGCCAGUCCACCCCAUGGACUCAGCAGGCACUACACCACUGGAGUCUUGCCUCACCCCUGCCUCUCUGCUUGAAGAUGACACUUUUUGCACUUCCCAGACUAUCCCACAAGAUGGUCCUACAAAACUACCACCUCCAGCUAUCCAACCAGUAAAGGACAGUUUCUCCUCGGCCUUGGAUGAAAUUGAGGAGCUCUGUCCAUCAUCUACCUCCGCUGAGGCAGUAGUAGCUGCAGCAACAGCAGAAACGACGCCAUCAGAAAACUCCAAGGAGAAUUCCAGUGCACCCAGUGUUCAGAAGCCUGAGGGAGUCCAGGAGAGCAGAAUAAACGAAUCUAAACUAAUGGACUCUUUACCUGGUAAUUUUGAAAUCACGACAUCUACAGGUUUUCUUACAGACUUGACCUUGGAUGAUAUUCUCUUUGCUGACAUUGACACGUCUAUGUAUGAUUUUGAUCCUUGCACAUCUUCUACCGGAGCCACCUCAAAAAUGGCUCCUGUCUCUGCAGAUGACCUCCUAAAAACUCUGGCUCCUUACAGCAACCAGCCAGUAACCCCCAGUCAGCCUUUCAAAAUGGACCUUACAGAACUGGAUCAUAUCAUGGAGGUGCUUGUUGGGUCUUAAAAAGUAUAGCAACUUUUUAAAAUGUACCAGUAUACACACUUGGUAGUAUUUUCACACCAUCCCCCUCCUUACAGAUCUACACAGAUGGACGGAUGGACACACACACACACACACACACACACACAUACCACUGUGCAUGCGUCUUUGCUUGUCUUUUUUUUUUUAAGAUCACACUAGUUUUUGCCUCAAGCAGAGUUGGAGUGCCUUCAUCCACGUACAACCACUUUUAAUGUGAUUUUGAAAGUGGUUCCUCAAGGGAGACCUGAAAUCCUGAUAUAGGAAAGAAAAAUGCAUAUUGUAAACAAUAUUAGUAUGUUUGACAAAAAAAAUGAAUGGUAAAAGCUAAGCACAAGGAUUAUGUUGGGGAAAAGCUGUACAUUGCAUGUGCAUAUUUAUCUAUUUUUUCUAUAAGUUUUAUUGCAAGAGGUUAAAAUAUUAUUUAGAUAAUUGCAGUACCUUUUUGGCAUUUUAGCCCUGCCUAGAUUGACUUUAGCAAUUCAGCCUUUUUAGAGGUAUUCACGAUUCCUCUUUAAAUGUUGCAUUUACAUGGCUCUUUAGAAACGGCUACCCAAAUUUAUUUUAUAUUUUUGUACAGAUUCUGCAAUUUAUGAUAUUGAGGGGUCUUUUCUUAAAAAAAGAAAAAGAAAAAAACCAAAAUGCUGUUUAUACUUAGUACAAAAGAGAAAAAAAAAAGGAAAUAGCUAUUUUGGUAGGAUUUGCUCACCCAGUUCCUGCAUCCACCUUCUGAGGUACAAGAACUGCUUGUAGUUUUAUACGGACUUGUAGUGUUUUAUACCCAUCUAAUGGUGCAAAGAGAAAUUCCGAUCAAAUCAGUCUGCAGCUGGCCUCCCUGAAUCCAGACAAACGUGCUUGAAGGAAAAGGCCAAGGGCUCUUCCCUGAAAUGUUUCACAAAUAUUUACUCCCUGCUGCCUACUACUGUGAUUAAGAAAACUCUUAGAGCCAUGUAUAUUCCAACAGUGAUGUCAAAACAGUUGGCAGGAAAAUAGCUGUGAAACUUCAUUCUGAUUAAACUGUUUCUUCCCCCACAUCCCACAAUGAUCAAGACUUUUUUUUUAACUGAAUUUUUUUUUGGGUUGGGGGGGAUGCAUAUAUUGAAGAACAGACUCCAGCCACAAUCCAACAAAGUUGAGUGCCCUUGCACUUAUUGGGCCCUGUGUUCUUGCUUCCUGCAUGGCAGGCAAGAUGUGCUUGGGGCAAGACACACACCCCCUCCUGUGAGUACAGCUCCCCUCCCCAGAGAGGGAGCCUAGAAUCCAGGUUGGAGAAAUCAGUGGCCUUCUGUGCUCUUUUCUCUUUAUUGAGUUGCAACCGUUGUGUUCUUCGCACCUAGUGUUACCAUGUCAUGACUCAGUUACCAUUGGAUUUAAAUGUAGAGCUAACUACAGGGCAGGUGUAGCAGUUCGUCUUUGUUCCGCUUUGCUUUCCAUUUUAACAAAAACCCAUUUCCUUUUGGCUGCACAUGAACUGGGCUUACUUGAAAGUACGUUUCAUUGAAGUCAGUGGAGCUUCCUUUCAAGAAAAGGUGUUCAGGUGAGGGGGAAAAUGCACCCCCCCUUCAUCAUGUCAUGCAAAUAUGCCAUAGUCCUUUGCUUUAGUCUUAUGAAUACCCUUGUCCUUUUCUUGGGACAUUAUCGUUCUUCACUGUGUCGACAAGUGUGCUGAAACAAAGAAGGCACCUUCAGUAUUAACUGCAGCAAAAAUCAUCUCUUAGCGGCACUGGAUGGACUUGUGCAGAAAUGUCCAUUGCUGCCAGAACUGGAGCUGAUCAUGUUACGAACACUUUGGUAUGUUUUCCAGGGUUGGUUUCUUGACUCAACUGUGUUACCUGCUUUACACUUUAUAAGGCCUGUUUUACAAUGUAUGGACAACUGCAAUUCUCUAUGCAUGUUUCCUUCCCAACGCAGUCUUCUCGUUGCUAUACCCAUUGCCGUUUUUUCCCUAUGUAUUCAUUGUGAUGUACAUUUAUUUUAAAGAAAACUUGCAAUGUUAAUCAUGCCUGUUGCUGAAAUUGCUAUGGCAUAUUAAUUUUAAAUGGUACUUAAUUGAGUGCAGGUUACAAACUAUAUUGUUGAUAUGCAUAUGGCUUCUUUAGGAAUAACUUUUAUAUUUAUUUAAGAAAUUUUAAAUUAUGUUUUAUGUAAUUUGGCAAUAUUCAGUCAGUUCUGCUCACUUCUUGUCAUGGAUAAAAAAAAUUUGGGGUCUUGACUGCCUUUAGGAAGGUAGUUUUACAAAACUGGCACUUUAGAACAUGCCAUGUCUAUUUAUUUGAAAUAUAUUUAAUGUAUUACGUGUAAUGCAUCCAUAGCUUCUUAUUCUUCCAUAAACCAACUUGUCCAUUAGAGAACUGCUGUCUCAACCAAAAAUGUCACGCAUAAUGGUCAGUGAAAUCCUAAUCAGCCAGCUUUUAAUAUCCUGAAAACCGUAACUCAUAUAAAUAAAUGUGGUCAUGAAACAACUGUUAAAAGUUCUCCUUCUACAGGGACACUUUUGUCCAUCGUUGGUGUGGUGGGGGGAUGUAGGGACAAAAUGCCACAAAUUGUAGCAACUAAUUUAGGGGGCAAGCCUUUUGGGGCAGGGAUCUGUUCUAAGUUUUUUUUGGGGGGGUGAGGGGGAAGGAAUAUGUGUGCAGCUGGUACUGUACAAGACAUAGUUAUAAAACAGGCCAUCAUGUAGAAAUCUUAGGGUGGUGCUGUCUUCCCAAUAAUUUUAAAAAACUGACCCUGUACCUGAGCUAGAUAGUUGCAGUUCAUCCAUGGUCUGCAAGGGGAAAAUAAAUAGAACAAGCUCAUCUCCAAAUUUUACCAGGCCUUCUCUGCCAGCUUUGCGAGAGGUGGUUUUGGCAUGCUGCCAGCCAGGCGGCUAGCACAGCUGUGGGCACAGGAUACUACAGGGUAGUGAGAUGCAGUGCGAGGGAAGAGUAAGCGCAGCACAGCAGUAGCCCACAUUUGUUUUUUGCUGCCAGGUUUCUUUGGUUUCACCUAAAUUCUGUACAAGCUACAAGGAUUGCUGAGGAGGGGGAAAUAACAGUAUAAGCAAACAGGUGCAUCCAUUAAAAUCGGAUUUUACACUUAACUUAGAAACAAGUGUCCUUUGGACUUCCUAGCUGAGCAUUUAAAUAAGGACCAUACAUUGGGCAAGAGUUCAAAUGAACACCAUUUUAGAGUAAAGCAGCAAUUUGGUUUUUCCGACACCAGCUUUGCCACGCGAAGUAAAUCUGCUUGAAACUUUGCAGCUAAAGCCUGUUGUCUUAAAAUAGUGGUUCCCAACCUUGGGUCACCUUAGUGUUCUUGGACUGCAGCUCCCAGAAACCCAGGCCAGCAAAGCUAGUGGCAAAGGCUUCUGGGUGUUGUAGUCCCAAGAACACUUUGGUGACCCAAGGUUGGGAACUGCUUGUCUUGGGACAUUGUCUGCAUCACGUAAGCCAGUGGUCCUCAACCUUGGGCCUCCAGAUAUUCUUGGACUUCAACUCCCAGAAAUCCUGGCCAGCAGAGGUGCUGGUGAAGGCUUCUGGGAGUCAUAGUCCAAGAACAUCUGGAGACCCAAGGUUGGGGACCACUAACGUAAGCGGUAGUUGUAGUAGACAGAGGAACUGCUCAGUAGGAUAGUGUCCCGAAAUGAUCAAUGCUUUGCAUUUUUUUUAAUUGAUAUCAUUCUCUCAUCUCCCUGGCAUGGCCCAACAUCUUGAAGGUUCUAAAUGGAAGAGAAAAUUCACCCUCUCACCCCUGGAAAAGCAAACAAACAUCUAAGUUGGGGAAACCAUAUUGACACUCAUGUGCAAUGAAGUGACAAGAAGAGAGCAGAAUUAAAAAGACCUUUUUUUUGAAUUUGAAGUGAUUUUUUUUCAAUUUUGUUUUUCAUAAGUUAUUUAUUCCUUUUUAUUUUUCUUUUGUACAUAUAUUUAUUUUAUUGUGACGCUAACAACAUCUGGAUUGUAACAUGUACAGAAUGUAUGGUAGGAAUGUAUUCUCUUGUAGGAAUGUAAAUCCAUACAAGAGGGGGACGAAAGGUUUGGAGAUUAUUAACUGGGUUCUAUUCAGGAUACAUGUCGUCAGCAGGACCGCACCCCACCCUCCACAUUUUUGCUUUUCUCUACUUUGAGUAGAUCUGGUUGGAUAGAAUUAUGCAAAAAAGUUUAUAAACUUAGUUCUAAAAAUUGAGCUGUUUUGUAUUGUUGGUUACUUUUUUAAAAAGACAGAUUCUCUUUCAGUCUGACAAAAAUAGCCUUGCUGUCAAGGAGACUUUGUCCCAAAGUUUUCACCCAUGUGCAGUGCAAGCCUAUAUAUAGUGAAUAUAUGUAUGUCUACUGUGAGGCAAGUCCCACUAGAUUCGGUGGGUCUUUCGGUCAACUGUGUCUAGGAUGGCAGCCUUGGAGACUUAAAGCUGUCUGUUCUCUCACUGGUAGCUUGAAUGGGCUGGAUGUCCUUGAGUAGUCUUUAUCAGGGGCACCUAAGUAGGUUUCCUGAUAAAAACAACCCCGCCCCACCCCUAUCCAUGCAAGCGAAGUGGAGUACCAAUUUCAUAACAAGGAGUCAUGGCAGGGCCUGGUUUUUGUUGCUAAUUGGAGCACUGCAGGGCAUGUGAGUAGGAUUCAGGCCAACUUUCAAAACCACGCCAACAAGCCCUUCAUCACCAUAAACAAGCUGAUGUACAUAUAAAAGCAAACCAUACACAGCAAUCAUCACCCAUUGUCAAAAGUGGCCUGUGAGGUAGAAGGGGAGCUAUGGUUCUGCUUGUAGGUCCCGGGCUUACGGUCCCUCUUGCCAAAAGUAUUUUUGAAGUACAAAAAUGACUCUCUUCAUUCCUGGAUGUCCCCCGAAACUGUGAUUUUGGAUUAGAAAAACUUGCAAAUCUCUCUUGCUGUUUUUGUCUCUCUUCUUCCCCUCCCCCAUCCCCCAAUUGAGAUAGAGAAUGGAUCUUCACUAAUUUCUAGUUUUGAUAGAAGGAGGGAUUUUCAACCCUGGUGCAUCUCUAAGGGUGUUUUGCAGUGGAAAACUGACCCCACACCACCACUUGCCCCACCCCUAUAGUAAGAGGUGGCUGCACCAUUUUUUUGCUACCAUUUCUCAAAUUGAUUUACAGCUGGGGAGCAGGGGGAGCCAUCAUAACCAACCAGUAAAGUGGUAUUUUUCCCCCUCCAUGUACAAGCCAGCCAUGUAAUUCACCUUCCUCUCCCUGUUUUUGUGGGGGAGAUUGACCACAUCAACCUGCCUCCAAAAUGUACAGUUUCGAAGUGCUAGUGCCUUUCCCUUGAAAAGAUUUAAACCCUGUAGGUGGAACAGAGGGGCUGGUCUUUAGAGAGAGGCAUAACACUGAUCAACUCUCUGGCAAGUUUAGGGUGCCCUGUGUAUGUGCACCCAUUUCUGGCAUGCUGACAAAGGAGCUCUCAGCAAAAAAUGUGCAGCGGAAGCCAGGAGAGCCGAGGGAAUUGCCAUCACAGAAUGGACUCCUCCUUCUGUCAUCUACGUCCUGGACCCAUGUAAACUGAAGAAGGGCAAAACUUUUUAUGAGUAAGAAAGAAAGAACGGUGAAUAAAAGCCCUUUGAGUAAGCACCUACAAAUAUGACAGGAUUUGUCUUCCUAUUUUCCCUUUUCAAAGGAAUUUUCUAAUUUGAACAUAGUCGGUGAGGUUUUUUUGGCAUGGAGGCCAAACGGGACAAACUCUCUAAGGGUUAAUAAAAGCAUGCUUCACGGCAGGAAGUGCUGAGAAACAGGUGUGCUUUUUGGAAGUAGGUUUUAUAUUGGCUUGAUCAUCAUCAACCGUUUUUCAUUUUUGAAAGGUUACUUGACAAAAGGUGGCAGACUCUUGGUGGAACACUUGGGUAAGAGAGAAGAGAGGCUUUUCUCAGGGAAGCGGAUACGGGGUGGGCUGGGGCUGGAGCUAAGAAUCAGAUAGUUCUGAGGGUCCUCCCUGAAUGGCAGCUUUUGGAGGGCUGCUGGGGAAGGCAGGACGUUUGGACAUGUACAUAAAAUCAAGAUGGCUUGUAGAGAGAAUGUGCCCCGAUCUGUAGGACCAUCAGUGCCCUUGGAGCAAGCCGCCCUUCCCUUUGUCAGAGCAGAAGGUCUAUCUCUGCUUAAAGGUGAAAGGAUUUCCUGGUGCAAAAAGCAGAGAAUACAGUCCUCUGCUGUGCUUGGGCAUCCCUGACGAGUGAGGAUUCCAUGUGCCAGUGCAUGGUGUAGUUGAGCAUCCUGUUUUCAUCAGUGCAUGGAGAACGCAGAAAAUGGUCGCCUCAGCCAUUGCCUCUCCUGGCUCUGGUUGCUUCCAUCUGCAGGAAGCUGCAAAAAAA